AAAAAAAUUCAGGGGAAUAGAAAAGCAUAGGAAAUAAAGUAAAGGGAGGAGAGGACAAGGAACUCCUUCCGGCUCCGAUCCCACCCACUCCGGCGGCCUCUCGCUCGGCCUCGCCCUCGCCUCCGAUCGAUUCGCCCCUCGUCUUCCUCCUCCCGGAUCCCCCAAGCCAAGCCCGGGGAGCCGGGCCGCCGCCAACGCGCGCGGCGGACACGAGGAAGGGAAACAGGCGACGACGAGAAGAGAGGAUCAGCUGGGGGUGAUGAAUUGUUACGCUGCAUGGACGGAGCAAGCGAGAAGCCUCCCCACAAGGACUAUUACAAAGUUCUGGAGGUUGAUUACGAUGCAUCCGAUGACACCAUCAAAUUGAGUUAUAGAAGAUUAGCUUUGAUGUGGCAUCCAGACAAGCAUAAGGGGGAUAAUGAUGUCACAGCUAAAUUUCAGGAGAUCAAUGAAGCCUACACAGUUCUAAGUGAUCCAGCUAAGCGCCUUGAAUACGACCUUUCCGGAUGUUAUGAGUUAAAUCGAUAUACUUUGCGUGAGUACCUUACAAGGUUUAAGGGUAUGAUACUUACCUGCAAUGGUCUUGGCAUAGACCAUUCUUCAAAAUGGGCCCGGCAUUUGAGGGAAUUGGAGCCCCAUUGAUCUAUAGGUACAUCUUAUUUGUCCAUGAGCUUCUUCAGUACUUUCUUUGAGGCCAAUUGGAUGCUUAGCUGUUUCUUUUAACACAACUAUGGAUACGGCAGGGCAUCUCUCUGUUCUUUGUAACACAACAAUGGAUUCUGUCGUAUACUAAUGUAUUUUUGCUGCAAGAAAUGCAUGCACGCAGUUUCCAGAUGUAGUUCUUGGCUUCUCACCGAAAAAAGAGCAACAGUUUCGUGGUGUUUAACUUGACACAAAUACAAAUUAAGCCUAUCCUUUCUCAUGAACGCCUGACAGAAGUAGAUGACAGUAAAACAUAACCUCACAUAUUCUGUACAUUUAGUCCAUGCAGUAAUAUAGCAUAGAAGAGUUCUGGUGUUAUCAGUUUUAUCACAGAUCUGCCAUGAUGAACAUAUGCUGAGAUUAAAA